GGAUUGCCGGCCCAGUAAGCAGCAGCGUCAUCAAAUCGCGACUUCAACAUCAGUAAAUGUGCGCUUGUACAACAAACGACGCCACACUCCUUCCUACCGGCUUCACAUUGUUUUUGACACCAUAACAUUUAUAGAAGAAACCGAUUACAGCUACCAACAAGUUCAACUUCACGCAUUGGAAAACACGCUUACGCAUGUUUCUUGUUCCUCUUUCCUCUGUCGGUUAACGGUUUGUUGACAUUUUAUUAGGUUGCUCAACUUCUAGUACACUAGAUUUAUGACUUUUUUUUUCUUCCUUUAUUGAUUGUUGAAUGGUUCCAAUUACAAAACCAAUUGGUAAUCGUAAACUUCUUGAUUUCCCUUUCCUUGCUAGUUUGAAUUGGUUCCGAGGUUGGUUGUUUUCUGUUAGAAUUUGAUUUGUUUUAGAGGAUUGCGCUUUUUGUGGUGUGGAAUUGUUCUUAUAGAAGGUUUUAUUUUAAAACUAUUUCUGAGUAUUAAAGAUCUUUAGUUGAAUGGUGUCGUUGGGAUCAAAGAUGAAUGGAACUAGUGAAAAUGGAUACUCAAAUGGCUCUGUUGUUCAUAGUGUAAACAGUAAUUUUGAAGAGAAGCUUGAUGAGCUUCGUAACCUAAUAGGGAAACAGGAUGGUGAUCCAUUGAGAAUAGUUGGCGUCGGAGCUGGUGCUUGGGGCAGUGUCUUUACAGCUAUGUUACAGGAUGCUUAUGGUAGUUUUAGAGAUAAAGCUCUGAUUAGGAUAUGGAGAAGACCGGGAAGAACCGUUGAUAGGGCCACGGCUACUCAUCUCUUUGAGGUGAUCAAUUCGAGGGAGGAUGUGUUGAGGAGGCUGAUUAGGCGCUGUGCUUAUUUAAAAUAUGUUGAGGGAAGAUUGGGUGAUAGGGUGCUUCAUGCAGAUGAGAUUUUGAAAGAUGGGUUUUGUUUGAAUAUGGUUGAUACGCCACUUUGCCCUCUCAAGGUUGUCACCAACUUGCAGGAGGCUGUAUGGGAUGCUGACAUUGUGAUUAAUGGCUUGCCGUCAACGGAAACCCGUGAGGUGUUUGAACAAAUUAGAAACUACUGGAAAGAGAGAAUCACAGUUCCUGUCAUUAUUUCCUUGGCAAAGGGUGUUGAGGCUGAAUUGGAUCCUGAGCCGCGGAUCAUAACACCUACUUUAAUGAUCAGUCGAGCAACUGGAGUCUCCAUUGAAAAUAUCCUCUACCUUGGAGGUCCAAACAUUGCCUCUGAGAUUUACAACAAAGAAUAUGCAAACGCUAGAAUAUGUGGAGCAGAAAAAUGGAGGAAACCAUUGGCAAAGUUUUUGAGACAACCCCAUUUUAUAGUGUGGGAUAAUGGUGACCUUGUUACACAUGAAGUUAUGGGUGGAUUAAAGAAUGUAUACGCUAUUGGGGCAGGGAUGGUAGCUGCUUUGACAAACGAAAGUGCCACCAGCAAAUCAGUGUACUUUGCUCACUGCACAUCUGAGAUGAUUUUUAUCACUCAUCUAUUGGCAGAAGAACCAGAGAAACUUGCAGGCCCUCUCUUGGCUGAUACUUAUGUAACCUUGUUGAAAGGUCGUAAUGCAUGGUACGGACAAAAGUUGGCCAAAGGAGAAUUGAGCCUUGAAAUGGGUGAUAGCAUCAAAGGCAAGGGAAUGAUUCAGGGAGUCUCUGCUGUUAAAGCAUUCUAUGAGCUACUGAGUCAGUCCAGCUUAAAUGUUCUAGAUCCUGAUGAAAACAAGCACGUCGCCCCUGUGGAGCUUUGCCCUAUCUUGAAGAUGUUACAUAAAAUACUGAUAAAAAGGGAAUCUCCAGUACAGGCAAUUCUUCAAGCAUUGCGAGAUGAGACCAUGAACGAUCCUCGGGACCGUAUUAAGAUUGCACAGAGCCAUGUGUUUUACCGGCCAUCUCUUCUUGGUCAGCAGUCUUAGAAUCCUAAUCUCAUGGGUUUGGCAGAUGAUUUCACAAUUGCUGAAUGUAAAUCUGAGUAUCUUUGUGCUGUUUCAUAUCCACCUCCCUGAAAUCUACAGUCCCUUAAAAUGAGUAUUUGUGUUGAGAAUAUAAUAUAGUUUAUAGUCUUAAUAGAGUUGUGUGGAUAAGAGUUUUUUGAUUGGUAGUUAAGAGAUGACCAUAUACUAUAUAUGGACAUGGUUAUCACAUGUGUAAGUCAAUAACAAGCUAUUAUUUUCUUUUCCCUGAAAA